AUGACCGAUAUCAAACGUAAUUUCUCAGAUGUGAUGUCAUAUUCACCCGAUUCACCCAGAGACGAGGAAAAUGAUCAAAAGAAGCUUCAUACAAAACCAGGCAGAAAGCCAAUCGAUACUGAACCUAAAUCUAAAAGAACAGCUCAAAAUAGAGCAGCUCAAAGGGCUUAUAGGGAGAGAAAAGAACGUAAAAUGAAGGAAUUAGAAGAUAAAGUCAAACUUCUAGAGGAUGAAAACGUGAAAGCAAUGACUGAAACCGAUUUCUUGAAAGCACAAGUAAACAUUUUAAAAAGUGAGUUGAUUAAGUAUAGAGGGUCAACUGAUUUCCUGGACUUGAAUCUUCCAAAAACUGUUGGCCAUUUGAGCAAUCCUAAUCCUAAAUCAAGCAAUAUUAGUCUGUCACCCCAAGAUAACAAUGAUAGCUCCUCUGGCAUUUCAAAGGGAUCAGUUUCAGAUAAGGCAUCAACACACUCGUCGAUAUCCAACAGUUCACCCAAUUUUUCAUUCGGUGCACCUUGGUCAAAGGAUAACUUAAGACUUAUGAAGCAACAACAAUUACAUGCUAAUCAACAAAACAAUGACUCCAAUGUCCCAGAUUUGGUUUCUGGUUCAUCAUCGUCAACUACACCAUUGAACGACAAUAUUUUAGUAACACCAGAUGAAGUGACAGAUUCAGGAGCUAAAAAUGACUUGUCGUUGAAUUUCACACGUAAUUUUGAGGAAGAAGUUGAUCCAUUCUGUGUUAAAUUAGGCGAGGCAUGUGGUACAAAGAAGGAUCCUGUGCCCAAGGCUAGAAGGCCGAUACCGAAUACUUAUAAUCAACUGAAAGCAACAACAGAAUCGACGCGGUUUGAUUCACCAUUUUCGCUCAUGUCACCUACGUAUCCAAAAUUUUCAACUGAACUGAAUGUAGAGGACAACAAUGAAUAUAACGAUAAUGAGUUAUUUAACUUGAACACAACUGAUUUUGAUUUCAAUUUAGUUGAUAACAAGUAUAAAGACUCAGAAGACCCAUUGAGUUUCCUCAAUGAUAACAAUUUCGACGUUUCAUUAGCAUUUGGAAACACAAAUAAUAAUGGUGGAGAUAAAAAUAUUGCUGAUUUAUUAACCACUGAAGAAUCCAUGUACGACCCAUUAAACAAGGACGAAGUAAACACGGACUUUAAUUUCAAUGACUUUAUUAAGAACUCGAUAACUGAUAUCAAUAGGAACUCAGUGCUGAAAGAUAGUGGUGAGGUAGCACCAACCAAGAAAGAAGAAGGUGCUAUUGAAGAGGAUGAUAGCAGUAGUGAUGAGGUUGUUCCAGCACCAAGAGCUACAAUGAAAUGUAGUGAAAUCUGGGAUAGGAUCACAGCUCAUCCUAAAUAUACUGAAAUUGAUAUUGAUGGAUUAUGUAACGAGAUGAAGAAUAAAGCCAAAUGUUCAGAGAGGGGAGUAGUGAUAAACUCAGAUGAUGUCAGUCUGUUGUUGGAAAGAAGUAUAAGGAAGUAA